CUUUAUAAGUAUAUUCAUUCGUUGAUCGUGUUUGAGCUCCAUGUUUUUCGCUAAUGUGUGCUGCUUCCAUUGCAUUAGCCAUAUCGAUGGACACAAAUUGCAUACGAAUUGCUUUAGGAACAAUCCUCCUCAUAUUGCCGUGUCUCCCUUUCCUCUCCAUAGCAGAGGUUAUUUAUCCUCCCCUUGAGCUCUUCAGCAUCAGCUGUGGAUCAUCCACCAACUUCACACUCGAUGGUCGGAACUGGAUUGGAGACAACAACAGUAAACUCCUCUCCGAAAGCCAGGGCUCAGUUGCUGCUCCUCCAAACACACCAACAACAAUACAGGGCCCUUACACUUAUGCUCGUCUCUCUCACUCAAAAUUCACCUACUCCUUCUCUCUCAAAGCAGGCCCAAAAUUUGUUCGCCUCUUCUUCUACUCAGUUUCAUACCAAAGCUUUGAUCGCACCAAAGCCUGUUUCUCAGUCACAGCUGGCCCAUACACCCUCCUUCGAGAUUUCGAUGCUUCCCUCAAUGCCGCUGCUGAUGACGACCCCGGCCAGCCCGACAUCUUGUUCAGAGAGUAUUGCAUCAACCUUGAAGAUGGUCACAAGCAGCUCAACAUAACGUUCAUUCCAAGCAAAACAGCUCAACAUCCAUAUUCGUACGCUUUCAUCAAUGGAAUCGAGAUUGUUUCAAUGCCCCCUUUUCUCUACUACACCAAUCCUCACGACUACGCUCGAGUGCCGCAAAUUGUUGGCACACUAUCCCAAUAUCAUAUUGAAAACAGCUUAGCUCUGGAGACUAUCUACCGGUUAAACGUCGCAGGAAAUGACAUCACCGCCUCAAGAGACACAGGUAUGCUCAGAACCUGGAAAGUCGAUGACAACUACCUAACUACUCAAAGUGCACCAUCUGUUGAUUUUGGGCGUAUAACUAAGCUGAGCUUCAAUAUGACUCAAAACUACACGGCACCAGACGAAGUGUACCGAACCGUAAGGAACAUGGGAAUGGGCUCUAUGAACAUGAGAUUCAACCUCACAUGGCAGCUUCCUGUUGAUUCUGGCUUCACCUACUUGCUAAGGUUACACUUUUGCCAGCUUGACCCGCAAGUUCGCCUGGCUGGUGACCUGAUGUUCUUCAUCUACAUAGAGGAUCAGUUGGUUACCAAUUGGGCAGAUGUUCUCUUAUGGACCUAUAACCAGAAGGGUGUCCCAGUGGUUAGAGACUAUGUAGUUUCCAUCCCGGUGAAUCAGAAGAAACCAAAUCUUUCACUGAAACUGCAUCCUCACCCUCAAAGCAACAUCAAGGACGCACAACUAAACGCCCUUGAACUCUUCAAAAUUAACGAAUCAACAGGUAAUCUUGCCGGACCGAACCCAGACCCUCCUCAACAAACCCCCAAGGCUCCUGUUGAAAACUCAAAAAAGAAAAGCAGCUGCACCACAAGAACUCUUGCCGCCGUCGCAGGUGCAGUUUCCGGUGUCGUUUGGGUCUCCCUUGUUGUCGCUUUCUUCCUCAUCAAACGCAAGAAGAACGUCGCCAUUGACAAGUGUUCCAACCAAAACGACGGAAGCUCUCAUGGCGAUGGCUCAUCAUCGCUACCAACCAACCUCUGCCGCCACUUCUCAAUCGAAGAAAUCAGAGCCGCCACCAACAACUUCGAUGAACUCUUCAUCGUUGGCACGGGAGGCUUCGGCAACGUGUACAAAGGCUACAUCGAGGACAGUUCAACACCCGUCGCAAUCAAAAGGCUCAAACCGGGUUCUCGGCAAGGUGUGGAUGAGUUCGUGACCGAGAUCGAAAUGCUUUCUCAACUUCGUCAUCUAAAUCUCGUUUCCCUCCUCGGUUACUGUUAUGAGAGCAAUGAGAUGAUACUUGUUUACGAAUUCAUGGAUCACGGAGCUCUCCGUGACCAUCUCUACGACACUGAUAACCCGUCUUUGUCGUGGAAGCAAAGACUUCAUAUAUGUAUAGGUGUUGCACGAGGACUGAAUUAUCUACAUACAGGUGUGAAGCACAUGAUUAUUCACCGUGACGUGAAGAGCACCAAUAUCUUGUUGGAUGCAAAAUGGGCGGCCAAGGUUUCAGACUUUGGGUUAUCCCGAAUUGGGCCCACAGGUAUUUCGAUGACCCAUGUGAACACUGGGGUGAAAGGUAGCAUUGGAUAUUUAGACCCCGAGUAUUACAAACGACUACGUUUGACGGAGAAGUCUGACGUGUACUCCUUUGGGGUGGUGCUCUUGGAGGUAUUAUCUGGGAGGCAGCCUUUGCUCCAUUGGGAGGAGAAAUCUGAGGUGUACUCAUUUGGGGUGAUGCUGUUGGAGGUGUUAUCUGGGAGGCACCCUUUGCUCCAUUGGGAGGAGAAACAACGAAUGUCACUUGCUAAUUGGGCAAAACAUUGCUAUGAGAAGGGAACUCUGAGUGAGAUUGUGGAUUCAGAACUCAAGGGCCAGAUAAAACCUCAAUGUUUGAACAAAUUUAGUGAGGUGGCACUGAGCUGUUUGCUUGAGGAUGGGACUCAACGACCUUCCAUGAAAGACAUUGUUGGGGUGUUGGAGUUUGUUCUUCAGUUUCAGGAUAGUGCUGUUAAUUAUGAAGAUAGCAGUAGCCAUAGUACUGUACCUCUUUCAGAUUGUAGUGAGAACACUGGAUCAAGCACGACAAGUGAUGGAGAUCGUAGCAAUGGCAGGAUGGAAUCUUUUGUGUUGAUCCCGGAUGAUGUUUUCUCUGAGACUAAGAAUCCAAAGGGACGAUGAGGUUGAAGCAGUAGUAUUCAAGUUAGCAUGAGUAUCAAUCGUGUGACCAAGAGAGAAUUUUGUAUAUAUAAUAGUGUUGGUGCGAUACAUUUUUGCAAAAAAAAAAAAAGCAGUGCUGAUAGCAAUAAACGAGGGUUGUUACUCCAACUAAAAAUUGAGAUAUUUUUCUUAUGAUUCCUUUGAUACUCUCAUCACCUAUUGUUAUACAACUGAUAACUUGAUAUACUUAUCCUGCUACCGAGGCAAUCGAAUUUAAUCGAAUCUGACACAGGCUUAUCCAAAUGGGCUGGGUCCCAUUUUGGAAGAAUGGUCUAUGAGGUGAGUCAGUUUGGGAGCAGCUAGCAACUGAGAUAAACCAACAGUUCCCUGUUCACAACUUCAAAGUUAUCGAAGCUGCUUUCCCAAUCCAAGCAGAGGUGACCCUAUACAACGCUGUGCUCAUACUGAAGAAAACUGAGACCAUUGCGCAUGGUUUGAAGAUGUUUAUACAUGUUUUAGUGCUUUUCGUUCAUACUUGUGUUGUUGUCUUCGUCUCAUCCCGUGCGUUUAUUGCUGCUGUGUGUGUCAAUUUAAUAAUUGUGAGAAUAAUUCCCUAGAUACGAAAUGCAAUGCUUCUUACUUUGAGCACUUGAUGUCUUUAAUCCCUCUCUGUAUGUAUACAACUGAAUGAAUGAGUG